AUUGUAAAAAUUUUAUGCGGGUAGUUUUUUAGUCUUCUCGUUACUCUUGAAGAAUUUAGGAAAUUAUGAAAGAGCAUAAUGGAACUACCUCAGCGUCAGCUCCUACUCCUUCAGGCCGCAGGCAGUCAAUCGCUCCUCAACAGCCUGCGAUCAUCCCCCAGGGAAGUUUACAAAUGCGACCAAACUUCCAGACUUUGACUCAUCCACAAACUUCCUUGCAACAAACUAACAUAAAUCAUACAGGUUUAAUGAUCCAAAGGCCGAUUGCACCUGGGAUGCAACAGGUUGGCCCAGGUAUGUUACCAUUACAAGAACAACCACAACUGUUAGCUAGAGGAAUGUAUCCUACAUCGCGCCAGUCAGCGUCAGUGGGAACGACUGUUUCUCCUAGAAUGUCUCGUCAACCACCCGCUCCUGCUUUGAAGCAAUCUACUCAAUCUUCACCCAUAAUGCCAACAGCAGGAGUUCCAACUUUUCAAAAUGUUUCGGGCCAACAACUUCCUAUCUCACCGAACUCUCGGGUUCCAGGAAUAAGACAAUCACCUCAGGCACCAUUUUAUUCAAGCCCGAUGUAUCCUCUUGUGGAUCAAACGAGUAAUUAUAGAUCCGUCCCCGGUACAAAUGCAAGUGUUAGACCACCUUCUAUGAGUCCUGGUAGAAUGAGUUUACCCCCACAAUCGGGACACCAAAGUAGUGUAAAUAUGGCAACUAUUCCACAUAGUUAUAAUCCGCCUGUACAUCAUACAUCUCAACAAUCAAACCCUUCAAUGUUGCCUCCUCAGAGUAUGCAACCUCAUCCAUCACCUAGAUUAUCAUCGUCUCAUUCGGAUUUGCAGUCAGCUUCAGCCCGAACAACACGUCCGCAGUUAGCAAAUCCAAUGGUUGUACAUGACACUAGACCAUCUUCCACUUCUACAUUAACACAAGGAUUAACACAAGGUGUACAACAACUUUCAUUACGUUCUUCUAUUCAAGAAACGCCUUCGAAAAUGACAUCUAUUCCACAUGCUUCUUUACGUCCUACUGAAGGACAACGUUCUAUGCAAGAAUCAGGUCCACAAGCAAUGCAAGGUAUUCAGCCUAUCUCACACACGUCUAGUCGUACUUCAUCUCAGUCCUAUGUUUCAGACGCGCCUCCGCCGUUAAUUUCACAAAGUGUUCAGCUUGCUAAUAAUAUUCGUAACAAUCCCAAAUUACUGCCACAACAUGCACCAAUACAACCUGCUCAGAGAAUUAAUAAUCAAAAGCCAAGUUCGCCAAUAAUUUCACAAGCUAGUAUAAAAACUACACAGGCUUCGCCAAAACCUAUGCAUUCAUCCACAAAACCUUCUCAUAGAUCGCACAAAAAUGGACAUCAUAAUUCCCAGAAAAGUAUACAUCAAUCAACUCAAUUAACAGCAAGUCAGCAAGCGUCACAAAGAGCAGAAAUUACAGAAGCAGCACAGGUGCUUUACUUGUCUUCCAUGUCUGUAAGAUCUAGAGAGGAUCCACGCAUACGAUAUAUGAAUGCAGAACUUAAUUCGCAAUAUGCUGCAAUGAAUAAUACUCAUACUAAUCCUGGUGAAGGUAGCCAUUACAUUCAUCACCGCAAUAGAUACGCAGGGCCUGUGUCUCUUGAUAAUUCUAUGACACGUGGAAUGAAUGAUGAAAGCAUUUCAAGAGAGCAAGAUAUAGGAUUAGUACCGCAUAACAGAGGGCACAAAAUGAAACAUCGUGCUGAGGCUUUGGAUAGUGGAGUCAAACUAAGAGCGCCAUACGGAUAUGUCGAAGAUAAAGAGGAAAUCGAAAUUCCUAAUGGUACAAGACGACCUAUUAUUUACCGAGGAAGUAAAGAAGCAACGGAUCAAGCUACGGAAUUUGUAGGUGAAGCUAAUGAUAGCCCAUACAAAGAUAUUGAUGUGGAAAAUAUUCUUGGCCCAUUAGAGAAACCUGAAGAUGCUGUACGUAAACCACAUUAUCGACGUAUACUUAAAAGCAAACAUCUUGAAUCUUUAGCAAAAGAAUUAAUGGAAAGAAUUGAGAAGGAGCAUGAAUUUAAUAAGAAGAUAAGUAGAUUAAUGAUAGUAUUGCAAGGAGAUGAUGAUAUGCAUCAAGAACUCGAUUUCCGACUAAAUCCUCCACCGGAAACAGUUAGUACACGCGUAUUUAAGGCUGAAGAGGUUGAAGGAGGAAAAAAUUUUGGAGUACUCAAUGUGGGUUUACAAGGAAAUGAUCGAAGUAAAGGAAAGAGAGCUCAGGAAGCUAAGGAUCAAGGAUUGGAAAAUUUAAUUAUGGUACGCGAGCAAUUACAAGAACAACUUGAAAAUAGCAAUGAGAUAUUAAGACGUUACAAUGAGACGAGGGAAGGUGUAUUAAAAGCUAUACGACAAAGGAAUAUGAUAUAUAGAAGAUUGUGUGAAAUUGAUAAACAACGUAGAAAAGAAGAAAAGAAUAGUGACAAAACUAGCACUCCACUAAAGAAACAUCUACUCAAAGAUAAGGAAAAGGAGAGGGAGAAAGAGAAGGAAAAAGAACGAGAAGUUUAGGAGAAAAUAAUAUAUAGUAUUUGUGUAAAAUAAAGUUAGGCUGUCAAUAUGAUUAUUUUAUGUAAGUAAAAAGGUAUGUAAAUUUUGUUAUAAAAAUGAGAAAAACAGUUGCAAUGCUGAAAAAUGGGUUUAAUGUAAUAUUUAAGUAAAGAAUAAUUUUUUGUUUACAAUUUCAUCUAAAAAUUGACGGAUGACAGGAUUAUCAAAUUAAUAAUUUCAUAAAUAAAGUUGGCACACUUGGAUAAUUCGUGUAGCACAGAGUGCAUAUCAAUUAAGUAAUUUAAACUGGAUGGUUCUGCUACCGAGAUUUAUUAUAAUAAAUAAGACUAAGUGUCGUCGAAGUUCUUAUUUGUAAGAAAAUAUAUUUCUUUUAUCUAAUUAGUAUUAAGGAUUUUUUUUUGCCAUUUAUGACCAUUUAUGAAAUGA